CCACGAAGAAGUACAUCUGGGCGAAGCACGCCUGGAAGGAUAUGUCCUGGCCCGGGUGGAGCAGGCCGGCCAGCAGCCCGGGGACCGUGACGGUGGUAAAGCAGACGUCCACGAGGUUCAGGAACUCAUGCAGCCAGAAUCUGGGGCCAAUGGAACAGCUGUUGCUGAGUUCAUCCUGCUGGGCUUGGUGGAGGUGCCAGGGCUGCAGCCAGUUGUCUUUGUGCUCUUCCUCUUUGCCUACCUGGUCACGGUCGGGGGCAACCUCAGCAUCCUGGCAGCCGUCUUGGUGGAGCCCAAACUCCACACCCCCAUGUACUUCUUCCUGGGGAACCUAUCAGUGCUGGAUGUUGGGUGCAUCAGCGUCACUGUUCCCUCAGUAUUGAGUCAUCUCCUGUCCCACAAGCGUGCAGUUCCCUACGGGGCCUGCCUUACCCAACUCUUCUUCUUCCAUCUGUUCGUUGGAGUGGACUGCUUCUUGCUGACCGCCAUGGCCUAUGACCGAUUCCUGGCCAUCUGCCAGCCCCUCACCUACAGCAUGCGCAUGAGUCAGAUAGUCCAGAGGAUGUUGGUGGCUGCAUCCUGGGCUUGUGCCUUCACCAAUGCACUGACCCACACUGUGGCCAUGUCUGUGCUCAAUUUCUGUGGCCCCAAUGUGAUCAAUCACUUCUACUGUGACCUCCCACAGCUCUUCCAGCUCUCCUGCUCCAGCACCCAACUCAAUGAGCUGCUGCUUUUUGCUGUGGGUUUUAUAAUGGCAGGCACCCCCAUGGCUCUCAUUGUCAUCUCCUAUAUCCACGUGGCCGCUGCAGUCCUGCGAAUUCGCUCUGCAGAGGGCAGGAAGAAAGCCUUCUCCACAUGUGGCUCCCAUCUCACUGUGGUGGCCAUGUUCUAUGGUUCAGGUAUCUUUAACUAUAUGCGACUAGGUUCAACCAAGCUUUCAGACAAGGAUAAAGCUGUUGGAAUUUUCAACACUGUCAUCAAUCCCAUGCUGAAUCCCAUCAUCUACAGCCUCAGAAACCCUGAUGUGCAGAGUGCUCUCUGGAGGCUGCUCACGGGGAGGCGGUUACUGGCUUGAGGAGGUCUCAAUUGACCUUUUCUCCUUGCAUCUUUUGUACUAACGGAAAAAUCUUCUAGAGCCAGAAACUAGGGGAAAAAAUGGUUCAGACUUGUUUCUGUUUCCAUGGGCAUAAGAAGGACUUUUUGUAGGGAAUAAUAGCUUUCAUUUCUUAAAGCCGCCCUGCCCAAUUAUAGGUAAUGAGUGUAUAGGAUCUGCCAAACCAGCCCCUUAGACAUGUUCAACUUCAGGCACCGUGUUCUCUCCUUUCUGGCUAGAGGUGAAACCUAGGAAGCUGUGAAUGCUCGCGGUUCAUGUCCCAGAGGGAACAACUCUUUGGUUGGUUACAGCCUGUGUUGCCAGAAGUACCCCAGAAAACUCCCCCCGAGAAGUCGUAUUUUUCC